CGAGUGUGUUUGUGUUUAGAAUUGUCAUUAAAGUGCGAUCGUUUCAUAUCAUAUCCCAGCUGUCCAGGCGAAAAAAAAUGUUAGCCCACCUUUCUGCAAAGCUAGUGUAGUAGUGACAUUAGAGAAUCGAAGUUAGGAGUGCAAAUAAAGUGUUGACGUGGGCCUGCAGCAGCUAAGGCAAUGGCGUGGCUCGGUGAAGGCCUGUCCAGCCUAUCGAGCCUCAAGGGUCAGAUCUCGAACUUCACCAAGGAAGUCCUCUCCGACGGCAUUAUCAACGAAAUUUCAGAUGAAAAUCGUACAAAGGAUCUGGAUGAGGCUAACGCCAAAUGCAAUCAGCUACAGGAGCUGCUGAACUCGAAGGAAGCAGAGAUAUCGAUACUUCGAAAACAGAACAAUGAGUUACAAAAAGUGGUCGUGGAGUUUCGCUCGAGAUCCAACGAACCUAACAAUGGGAGCCACGACGAGGACGGGGCUGCCUUCUUCUGGGACCCGCAGCCGCAGGCCUCCAGGAGCCGUACGAAACUGCUGCAGGACCAGCUCGACCAGGCCACCCUGAGGAUCCGGGACCUCGAGUCUGAACUCGCGCUAACGAAAUUGAUGGACCCAACGAGCGAUGCGCACCACCCGAGGGAAGAGGGAGUCUCGCAGAGAACGGAGAUGCUGCGCGCGAAGCAGGACGUGACGAACCGCAUCAUACAGAUUGGCGAGAAGGGUCGCGAGGUCGAGAGGAGCGCGAAGCGCCUGCAGCAAAACGAGCAGUCGUUGGCCGCCGAUUUUCGCGCGGCGAUCUCGAAGCUGGCCUCGGCCGAGCAGUACGAGCUGGUCAGUUCGGCUCUUCGGGCCCUGGAGACCGAGAGCCGGGAGUUCCAACGAGAGAGCGGGGAGAGGGAGAAGUCGGACUCGGAAAUCGAGCUGAGGUCCGAGAAGAACAAAAGGGAGGACGAGCUCCGGAGGAGGCUCGAAGAGCUCGAGGCGGACAAUCGGACUCUGGCUGCGAGCAUGGAGGAGUUGGACAGGCAGAACGCGGAGUCCAUUGAACGCGUCCUGUCGCUGAAGGAAGAGCUACAGAAGAAGCACCACUCGCUACAGAGCGCGUACGAGCACCUCUACGUUGAUUACAACCAAGCCCUAGGGACGAUCGAGACCCUCCAACAACAGAAUUAUGAGCCAUCGAAGCCGCCCACCAAGGAGUCCCUGAACUCCGCUGUCCAGACUACAAUGCCACUUACGGUGGACCAGGAGACCGAGGUGACGGUCAGCAAAGAGGACAAGGGGACCGAGGCGACGGUCAGCAAAGAGGACAAGGGGACCGAUGCGUCCCUCGACAACCAAGAAGAGCCCCAGCUCGACGCGUCGGCCGAACUGAGGAAGGUCCAGGAGGUCGUGAAAAACAGCUCCCUCCAAAUCCCCGGUCGGGACGAGCCAAGCGGCUCCAGCUCCGAGGACUCGUUGUUCGUGAGCCUGGCCAAGAGCGCGGUCGAGCUCAAGUGGCAGCGGGACGCGCUCGAGCACAAGUUCACGGGGCAGUGCCGCGAGUUAAAGGACAGCCACGAGCUGAGGGACGCCCUGCAGAUGGACUGCGAGGACUUGCAGCAGAACGUCGAGUCGCUGCUCGUCGAGGUGCAGCGGCUCAAGUCGAACCUGCCGUCCAUACCCGAGGCGAGCGAGGAGCGGGUCGCCUCCCUCGAGACCGAGACCGAAUCCCUCCAGGCGGAGGUGCGCAGUCUGCGCGAGAUCAACGCCAAAAUGUCCCGGGAGCUCAGGGCCAUCCGGGAAGCUGUCAGGGACUCGGGGGCCGAGAUUGACGUCGCGGCGAGGAUCGAGGCUCUGUUGACCGACAGGGAGCACCUCAGCAGGGACGAUCCCGCGGAGAUGUUGCGCGUCGCGUUGGACGAGAACGUAAGUCUGCGGCGCAGGGUCGACGCCAUGGAGAGCGAGCUGCGGGUGUCGGUCGAGCGGUGCAAGGGUAUAGACGAGAACCUCGAGCUGAUCGAGGAGUUGAAGCUCGACGUGGAGAACGCGAGGCGCGAAUUGAAGAUCGCGGCUUCGAGCAGCAAGCGCCUCGAGAACUCGCUCAACAUUCUCCAGGAGGCGAAGAUCGAGGUAGACACCGAGAACGAGGUGUUGGCGCGCGAGAAGGAGCAGCUCGAGGCCGAUCUGAGGCUGCUGCGCGACUCGGACCUCAAGCACGGGGACGCCGAGGCGCUGGCAAAGCUGCGGGACGAGCUCACCAGAGGCCGUGAGGAAAAGGACGACCUCGAGUACGACCUCAUGAAGAUGAGGCAGGAGCUGGACCGGGCGUUCGUGGAGCUCGAACUCGCGAGGACGGGGGCCGAGGAGCUCCGGGCCAACGGCGACAGACUGGCCAGGGAGAAUGCCAAGCUGCAGGACCAGUUCGCGGAGGCUCAAGCCGAGAACCAGGACAAGCUCGAGCUCCUCAACACGGAGAUGUCUCUGCUGAAGCAGGAGCUCGACGGUUGCAGGGAGGAGCUCGAGUCCGCCUUGGAGGCUCGGAGAGUGGCCGAAGAGAGGGUGGCGGUGCUCGACACCGCGAACAAAGACGGCGCCACCAAGAUGGACAGCUUGGAAGUGGAGAAUCGCCGCUUGACGGGAGCACUGGACGAAAGCACGAGCAGCUUGGGUUCGACCACGGAAAAACUGAGGACCAGCGAAGAGAGAAACUCGGCCCUGGAGAGUGAGAACACGGAGCUGAAGAGCGAAAAUCAAAGGCUGGUUGAGAAAAUCGACGAGAUGAGGAACAAAGUACUCGAACACAAGGAGGAGAUCGGCAGGCUGGAAGAGAAGCUCAAGUGCGCCGAGACGUACAGAUCGACUACUGAGUCCGAGUUGGCAAAGCUAAAAGUGGACGUGAUGGAGUUCAGGAGCUCUGGGAGAGAAAUCAUUUCCACGCAGCUGCAGGCGGAGCCAAGGGAGGUCGAAUCCAACGGGGUGCCUGGUAAAAUUCGGGACGAGGCCGACGGAGAAGACCGGCCAGUCGAGACGGUGGAUCCCGACAGUCGGCAGGAGCUUAUGAGCUUGCAGCUCGCGGAGAAGUCGAAGGAAAUCGAGGAGCUGAGAGCGACGAUGGCAAAGGACAAAGAGUCCGUCCUGAUGGCCCGCGAGACCGUCGAGAACCUGUCCCAGCUGAUAAGCGCCAAGGACGCCGAGAUAGCCAAGACGAGCGCGUCGCACGCCCUGCUGAGCGAAGAGCGUGGCAAGCUCGUCCAGCUCGUGCAAGAGAAACACUCGGAGAGCUUGCAGUACCACGCCGAAAUCCAGAGACUGACUCACUUGUUGGGUGAGCAGAACACCAAGCUGCAAAAGAUCACCGCCGAGCGGGACGCUGGCGCCGCGGCGCUCCAGGAGAAGGAGACCCAGCUACUCUGGACGCAAAACGAGAUGCAGGUGCUGAGACAGCGUCUCCAGGAAGUCGAGGAGGCGGGCGACCACGUCGAGCGCUGCAGUCUUCCCGAGCACAGUGUCCUGGGCAAACGGACCUCGGAGCUGGAGGAGAAGAAUAAGGCACUGGAAGCUGCCGUUAUUCAGGACCAGACGAACAUGCGCUACCUUCAGGAGCAGCUGGUGGAGGCACAGAGCAAGGAGUCGGCCGCUUUGAAGGAGGUCGAACGGCUGCGCAACCACUUGGUCGAGAUCGAGGCCAAUUACACGGAAGAGGCCUUACAGACCGAGGAGAUCCGUAACGCUCUGGAGGCUAGGUUGGUGCAGGCUGAGGAGAAGCUGAAGAACAGCUCGACCAUGUACACCUCGGCCAGCGUCAGGGCGAACCAACAGGUCGAGACUCUGCAGCAGCAGCUCGCUCUGAUCGUUCAGCAGAGGGAUGAUCUGCAGAACAAGAUAUCCGCGGCCGAGGAUAAGGUGCUCUCGUACACGGCCUCGUUGACGAAUCUACAGCUGGUUUUGGAGCAGUUCCAGAGAGAUAAAGAGAAGGACAUUCAAGAGGCGACGACAAAGUUACGUGCUCAGCUUCAAGACUCUUACAGAGAGCAGGAGGCGCUCAGGAACGACAUUAUCAAUCUCAAAGCAGAGUUAUUGGAAGCCAAGGACGCGCUGAAGGCGGCCUCGAGACUGACCGAGGAGCUGGGGAAGAAAUCGGAGCGCAUCGAGGAGCUCGGCCAAGAAGUUAAUAAGCUGACUGAGCUCGUCAACACGGCCGACCAACGUAUCGAGGAAGCGAAAAAGAGCGGCGAGGGAAAAGUCGACAAAACUCUCAUCAAAAAUUUACUGCUGGGAUACAUAUCGUCACCAGCAAACGACAAAUUAUCAGUGCUAAGGGUCUGUGCCAAUGUUCUUGACUUCAACAAGUCGGAAAGAGAAAAAUCUGGUCUCGACAGUGGAUCUGCGAAAAACAGCUGGUUCGCGUCCUUAGUAAACAGCGGCUCGUCUUCUGGCACGGAUCAAGAAGCCUCCUUAUCGACAGCGUUUAUUAGGUUUUUGGAAAACGAGUCACAGCCUAAAGUACAAUUGCCAGCCAUGCAAUUGUCGAAUUCGCCGAUCAAUCGGCCAGGACACAGUCGACAACAUUCGUCAUCAUCGACUCAAUCAUCCCUUUUGUUGACAAAUAUCAAUCUUCCAACAUUCCCAGACUUUGUUCCAGCGAGAAAUACUGGUUCAAUUUUAAAAGAAGUUCUUAAAGACAGUUGAUAUUAAAUACCGUUAGUUUAUGAAACGCAUAUUAUUUUCUUUUAGAGUACCUAUUUUUUCUUUAGGUUUAUUGUAUUUUUGUGGGACUUUUUAAGCGCUUGUUGUAUUUAACUGCUGUAACUAAAAUUUGUAAAUAAAAAUAUAUAAAAAUUUGUAUCAUAGAAAAUUGUACUCUUGCAAAAUAAA